AUGAUUGUUUUCGGAAAUCGACGACCACCAACAGAUUAUCAUUUUAUUGGACGAGCUACAACCAAUUCUAAUGUAAUGGAGUUCGUAUUGAGGUGGGGUGCUGUACCAAAAGAUUUGGAUUCACAUAUGUACGCAUCUAAUGGAGCGCACGUGUUUUAUCAAAUGAAGACAGCUAGCAAAAUGUCACUCGAUUGUGAUGUCACUAGUGGGAAUGGUCCAGAAACGAUCAAGGUUAUCCUUGAGCCAAGCGUGAAAUACGUUUAUGCGGUUCAUAGAUAUUCAAAAGAUGGAGAACUGACAAAAUCUAAUGCUACAUUAUUAAUCAAUAGUAAUCAACUACAACCGGUAAGUACGGCUAGUGUACCAAGAGAAAAUCGUCCACAAGCAAAUUUUUGGAUUGUCUGCGUGAUCGAUGGUACAACAAAAAAUAUAACAUAUAUAAAUAAAUUUGAAGAACAUAACAACUAUUCGACAAAUGAAGUUGGUGUAAAAUACUUCAAUGCGUAA